AUGCUCGACACGAAUACUGCCCAAUCACCGGAGGACCAUCCCCAGCCCCAGCCAUUGAGGUACGACAACCUCCAAACAACAGGGGCUUUGAGGGCUUCAUGGAUAAGGGAUCCCAACCAAAAAUGUCCAAUUACUCCCUCACAGCUGACAAUGCAAAACAUGGUUGAAUUAGGAUGGGGAAUCCGGCACGAAAAACGAAGUUUUCCACCCGACCAAAUCUACGAAGAAGCCGUCGAACUAGGGCUUUCGGGAGAAGAACUCUACCGCAAGAUCGUACUAUGGAAGUCUGGAGUAUCGCGCGGAAAAUACUGGGUCCAUGACUACAAGUUACAAACAGGGCCAGGUGUGAUUUUUGCCACGGAUAGCUUCCGUCCUGAUUCGGCAUAUUGGGCGCAAAUUGCGCAGGCCGUGUACAAAGAUGAGCACCCUAUUGAGGACCUGAAGUACGUCAUCCAGUGUAAUAUCAUCAACCCCGAGACUAUGCUGUUUGUUCAGAAGAGUCUCUAUGUUGCAGAUAAUGGUCUUGGCUGGCCAGAUGAUAGAAUGCAUGUCUGGGAGGAGAAUACCGUUGAGUAUCAGGCUCUACUGGGUACGAGGCUUGCUAAAGGUGUGGCUUAUUUGGUUCUAGGCGCUUUCCCGCGAGGAACGAGACGCAUUGCAAGAAUUGUGACAUGGGGAGGUCGGUAUAUUCCCUACAUACAGAUGCGGUUUGAUAUUGAGAAGGCUUGA